AUGAGGGCUGCCAGAAAGCCUUCUCAGAUUCCUCCAGUCUCGCCCGCCAUCGAAGAAUCCACACGGGAAAGCGACCGUAUGUCUGCCAAGAUAAGACCUGCGGACAAAGGUAAAGCGGCUCUGGAAACCUACCACCCAGAAAUGUCAACCAACUCACAUUGCCGCGUUUCUUGUUGUAGCUUCUGUCGCAAAGCCACCCUCACGAAACACCAAGACCGCUUCCACCCCCCGAGAUCUUCGACUCAACCAGCCUCGGAAGACUCGGAGUAUUCCUACCAGCACCAGGAUCCCGUCGCUGUGUCCAUCCCCAAUGCGCAAGAACGGAACCCCCUCGCACAGCAGCCUUUCUACCCGCAGAGCGUUCAGAUGAACUCCAUGCUCGUGUACGAGGGUACCCCUGCAAGCAUAACACAGGGUGUGCCCUUCCCUUUGGCGAUGAACAUGCAGUACAUCUAG